AUGUCGACACCCGAUCUUUCUGUUCAGUCGCUGUUUCAUGUGAAGGGCAAGAUCGCCCUCGUCACAGGCGGCGGUACUGGUAUUGGCAAGACUAUUGCCUCAGCACUCGUACAGAACGGUGCAAAGGUCUAUAUCGCUGCUAGGAAAGAAUCCCAAUUGAAGGAGGCAGUAGCAGAGCUUAAUGCCAAAGGCCCUGGAUCUGCAGACUACAUCGUAGCAAACCUCAGCUCGAAAGCUGGCACAGACGCUCUUAUAUCUGCCCUGGAAGUCCGCGAGCCCGCAAAGAGAUUGCACAUCCUCGUGAAUAAUUCAGGCGUCUCCUGGGGAUCGUCUUUCGAAAACUUUCCAGAGGACAAGGGAUGGGAUCAUGUUAUGGCUGUGAACGUGAAGAGCUUGUUUUACUUGACGUCCGGGCUAUCAACCUGGCUUGCAAAGGAUGCGAGCGCGUUCGAUCCCGGUCGCGUGAUUAAUAUUUCAUCAGUUGCAAGUGUGACACCACACGUGGAAAGCCUAGUCAGUGCAGAUGGAAUGGGGACAUGGAGCUACAACGUCAGCAAGGCCGCAGUAAAUCACCUCACUUCAAUACUGGCCGUCAAGUUAGGACCUCAGAAGAUCACUGUUAACGCGAUCUGCCCUGGGAUAUUCCCCACCAAGAUGACAGCCUUCGGAUUCAAGAACGGAGGCGAGGAAAAAAUGGUAACCCGACAACCCAUGGGUCGUGUCGGCCAUCCUUCGGACCUCGCUGGUCUCGCACUCUUCCUCUCGUCGCCUGCCAGUGCACAUGUCACAGGCGCACAUAUCCUGCUGGACGGUGGUGCAACUUUGUCAGGCCAAGGGAUCGCACCGAGGGUUAAACUAUGA